AUGAGGCAGAAUGGACAAACCCAGAAUGACAGUAGCGAUCCUUUGAACAAGGUCAACGACGGCAAUUUCUUGUUCAUUGUGGGAGCCAGUGGAAGCAUAGAUACCGAAGAAACGAUAAACCCAGAUAGGCCUAAAACUUUUUUGAUUGAUAAUUCAUCUUUGAAGAAACAAAAGGAGCAUUCAAGCGUUACCAGUGACAGCCAUAUAAUAUUAUCCGAGGCACAGAAAGAGGACGACGAGGAGAAGGAAGGGGAGGAGAGGAGUAACCAAAUAUUUUCGGUAUUCAACGAUGAUCUAUAUUUUGGUAUGACCCUAACAGAAGAUGAAGAGGAAGAAGAAGGCGAAACUAUCAGAGAACAAGAGGACGAAGAUGAGAUAUUUUACUUAGCGAAUAGAACUUUUUAUACAACUUGCCAUAAAAUAUCACAACAAAACAGCCCCUCCUAUCGUAAACGACCGCCUUAUAACCUGUUGGAAAACUGGAUGAUACAUUAUAUCUUUAGUAAAUCGCAACAAAUUUUAUUGAGAUUUCCAGUCAUUCAACCCAAAGUAAUGAUGACAGAAGGUGAUUUUAUAUAUACCCCACAUCAACAAAUCGCUCAUAUUGACAGCUAUUAUAACAGUAAUAACGAACAUGACGGAUAUUACAUAGAAGAUAGAGAUAGCAUGAUGAUUUCGGAUAAUUACAACAUAUACGAUGAAGAAAUAGAAGACAUUGUAGAUGGUGAUGGCUUUAGUAACUACUACAGUAAUCUACAGCACAGUAUUUCAGAAGACAUUGAGGAUGAAAAUGAUGAAGACAAUGAUGAAGAAACAUUUAUCAUAGGUGACGAACCUGUAUUGGUAAUGCCCACAACACCAAUAGAAUCGUCCUCUUGCAAUGCUACCAAUAUUGAGCAGCCACCAGAAGAAUCCUCAACUUCUUUGCGUAUGGAUGAAAAUAUGUGGUUGGGGCAUAGCCGAUAUAGCAAUAACAUGCGGUUGUAUAUCGUUAAUCCUGACUCAAUCGAGGAGAAUCAAGAGAAUCAAGCAUCUUCACUAGCAAUUAAGGACGAUGAUAAAGGUUCCGAAGAGAAAAAUAUAUUGCAUAUGCAUACUAGAGUAAGUGAAAUGCCUGUCAGUCUCACGAUGUCUCCUGAGGUGAUACAAUGGUAUCGAUGCUCAUCUACCACUCCAUCAUCCAAUACUGAUUACUACCAGCGGCAAAUGAACGUAAACCAGCUACCUAUAGUGUCAUCAGAAAAUGUUGCAAUUUCCUCAACUACAACUGCACCAACAAAUAUAUUGAGGGUUGUGAAAGAAACCACCGAUUGCUAUAGAAAUGACAAUGAUUAUAGCGGCAAUGAUAGUUGUAACAGCCAACAUUCACACUCAAGUAGCAACAACCUACAAAGCAAAUCGAGCAACACCAGCCAAUGUUCAGCAACAGAUGUCAUUAGCCGUACAACCAUAUUAAAAUCUGAUGAGGUGUCUAAUGACUCUUAUCAAUCUUUAGCAGAUAUUAUGGUGGCAAGAAAUACCAACAGCAAUAGUAAUUGUAGCUAUAACCAACAUUCUUCGGAUUUCCUUCCGCAGCAAAGCGACUAUGGUGCUCUACUCACUUUACGACAACCAAAUGAUUAUGUUGUACUGCAGAAGGAAAACAGUGGAUUGAUAUGUACAUCGGGCAUCAUACACAUUUCGGAUUGUUUAGUAGAUUCAGCGUACAUAGCAAUAGAAUUGGCUCAAAGUCUUCACGAUAAAAAGAAUAAUUACGAUAGCUUACAGAACCAAAACCUGAGGAAGAGCGAUAGCAUCAAAACUUUUGUCAGUUGCAUGUUUGAUAUCUGCAGCGUGCUAUUCUCGGGCGUGGAGCAAAUGGUGGGUUGGAGAAGCUUUUAUAUACAGUCUUCAUACAUGCUAAGGCAGCGUCAAAAUAGUAGAUUAAUGGUUUGA